AGGGCCAGUUCAGAGCGACGGUGGCGUUUGGUGAUAGUAAACGAGGAGGCAAAUAAGUACUCAAAACGUUAAGAAGAUGCUUCGCAUCCUAAGUUAGCUGUAUAAUCACAACAAACUAUGUUUCAACACAUCUAAAGAAUCAUGAAACCGCUGGCGCUUUACCGCAGCUGCGCUCCUACGAGAAGCUCAGAAACAAGCCUGUGCGGUGCAGCCGAGACAAGAUCAGCGCGCACCGCUAUGCGGAGGGAAGCAGUGGUGCCAGGAGAGAGAGAGUACUUACAAUCAGGACCGCGGAAGAGCUAUGACUUCUAGGAAGCUAGGGCAUUUGUCGUGCAUCUAGCGAGGACUCCGAGCGAUCCCUGGGUGUUCCGUUAUGGACGACCUGGAUGCGCUCCUCGACGACGUACUGGGUCCGUCCCAGCCGCCCGCGAAAACCAGUCCGCCGGCAAGGCCAAAACCCUUCGACCCUCAGCAGCCGGAUUUGCGGAGCGCGGAAAUUUUCGUCAAGAGGCCAGAACCAAAACCGGCGGGGUUGAUCGAAGGUACUAUUGGGGAUGAUAUGGUGUUGUUGAAUCAAUUCGGUAUGCGACUCUGACAUCACAAAGUACUUACUUGCAUCCGCAUCUCCACAAACAACCAACAGGUACGAAAUCCCUUCUCGACGAUGUUUUGGGCGAAGUGAUAGGGCUCGACACCAGCUAUGUUGCCUCCACGUCACCAGCACCACCGAGCCUCGAGAACGCACCCAUGAUGUGUCGGAAGUGCGAUUUCAAUGUAAGUAUAAUUUUUCAUGUAGGAUUGCAAACGAAACCGAAAGCGAAACCGUACUUCUUUCUGUGUGUAGUAGAGACAACUGCAUGCGAAACUAGAACAGAAACACAAUAAAAAACCCCCGCACUACCGCACCAGGUCCUGACUUUCGAAGACAGUUUUUGGCUGGGAAAGUGCGACUACAUGUUUUUCCGGAACCACUUUCCGCAAGUCGAGAAGCUGCAGACAGGGCUCGGGCGAAAGCCGGGGAAGAAGGCGCUGGCCUGUCAGUGCCGUUGGGCGGUCAUAGACAAAACGCAGCACCCCCGCGAGGCGGGUGUCAGCACCUGGAUCCUGAGGAGAAAUUGACGUUUUGUCGUGUCGUGUGUAGUUUCGUUUGAAAAAGUUGGCCUGGAGGGCGGAAGGAAGAGAAUUUUUG